CUUGAACGGACACCUGUGUUAAGUAGUGCUCCUUAACAAUUAUACAACGCCAUCGAUUGGUGCGUAGGAAAGGACGCAUCUCCCCAAUAUAGUAUCCCCUUUCCCCUUCUUUUUCUUUAACAGCCACCACAAUCCCGCAUCCCCUUUUAUUCUUCUACGGGUUCACUUUUUUUUCUUCUUAAUCAACGACUGGUUUACGAUUGGGGCACCGUCUUGUGCGCUUCAGAUAAACCCGUGUGCACUUCCAAUCACGAACCGCCGGUGAAGGGUUACACUAUUUACUCAAUAAGAGUGUAAUCGGUAAAAUCUGCUUAAAGCGCCGCUGACUUGUAAGCAGUGGUCCAGUGUCUAAAUAGACGUGGCAGGAGAAACAUCUAUUCACUGCUUGUUAAAUCAUCAUCAAAUACCAGUUAACUCGGAAUCCCCUGAUUUAAUUUGUCGUCAUAACAAUUUCAUGUCAGAAAAUGUUUUCUGUGCCGGGUUUUUAAAAGAUAUACCAACGUGUGGAUAACGUCUUCCAAUUCAUCUUCAUCUUCAUUUGCAUCUCGUCUGGUUAUCCAUUUCUGCCUACCAACUUCCAUUCUUUUGUGGAAUUUGGAGAAAUUACAAAAAUGCCAAGAUCAUUUUUAAAGACGGUCAAAGUGAGCAAAAAGCCCCAGCGAUAUGCUCCAUCUCCCAUCGAGGACUCGGAAGAAAGCUCCCCAGCAUCUCCCGGGAUAGCCGUCACUGCUGAACCCAGAACUGGAAGUGCUUUCACACCCGUUACUCCAAAGAAAAAAGAUGCUUUGGAUCUCAGGCUACCCACCAAUGGCGAGAUCAACCCCCAUCACCGAUAUAUGCUCGUCCAACCUCCCCAGCCGUCAUCGCGACCGUUCCCGUUCACCGAUUCGUCCACGGCAGCCGUCCCGACCAAGCAACACAGUCCGACUCUCAGCAUUGAGCAGCGCCUCGCUGACCUCACCAACGCGCGUCGUCAUCCAAGCCUCCCCGUUCCGGCCAGUACGGCUGGUAGUCCACUCCCUGGCAGGCCGUCGUCGGCCGAUGUCCCUUCUUCCACGAUGCAGUUGCCGUUGACCGUCCCGAAGCUGCAUAACAGUACCAGUCCAAGGCUGAGGCCAGAUAUCGCCCCAUUGACCAUCGGGAGUGGUAGCCCUACCAAGGCAAGUGGCUACCGGUUUCAAGGAGAGAUUUCGAGCUAUGACAUCCCUUCACCCCCAUCCAAUGAUAUUAUCAGUCGGGAGAUGAAUGAAUUACUCAAAGACGGUCGACUCAGUUACACCGACGUUUACCGCGCUCGAUUUGCCCAGCUAGAGAAGGACAUAAUUGGCACCUUGUCACCAGAAGAUCUCCGCUGGUAUAACGCCAAAGUGGGUCUCGCCAUCCCGAAUUUUGCCGCGUACCGUUCACCUCCGUAUACGAUGGUCCAGCAUCCUCAUGCGCGUCACCAGCACGAAAAAACGCUGACACGUGACGGUAUUGUCCAUGGUGAGCCACCGCGUCUCCCCGGCGGCGGGAUUCCGCUGACACCAAGUAACGUCCGUAUUCCCGAGCACCACUCGCAUCAUCUCCAGCAGCGGUUGUCUCCAGAGGUUGACGAGGUCAGCGAUUCAAAGCUCCUCGAUUCGCCGCCAAUUGGCGUCGGUCCCCACGGCACAUUCAAUUGUCUGGACUGUGGAAAGGUGUUCAGUACGCCGCACGGGUUGGAGGUCCACGUGCGACGUUCCCACAGCGGUAAGCGUCCUUUCGCCUGCGACGUUUGUCACAAGACGUUCGGCCAUGCUGUCAGCCUCAGUCAGCAUCGCGCCGUGCACUCGCAGGAGAGAUCGUUCGAGUGCAAGCAGUGCGGAAAGACAUUCAAGAGGUCAUCAACGUUAUCAACCCACAUGCUGAUCCACUCAGACACCAGGCCAUAUCCGUGUCAGUACUGCGGCAAGAGGUUCCAUCAGAAGUCAGAUAUGAAAAAACACACCUACAUACAUACAGGUGAAAAACCGCACAAGUGUCUGGUCUGCGGCAAGGCAUUCAGUCAAUCUUCGAACCUGAUCACACACAGUCGCAAGCACACCGGCUACAAACCAUUCGGCUGCAAGAUCUGUGGAAGGGCUUUCCAAAGGAAGGUGGACCUCCGUCGCCAUUUUGAAACGCAGCACCCCGAGAGCGAGAAGAUGCUGUUGGCGCACUCCAUCACUGUCCGAAGGCCUACGCCACCAAGCAUGGGGUCACCGCCGGCGCCCAUCGCCGUACCAGCCCACCACGGAUCGUCAGCGUUGCACGCAGGUGUUCCAAUGAUGGGCAUGUGAAUAUGCACGGACAAUCGAAUUGAAAGUUUGAUAACGAGUCACUCUUGUUGACAUUUGGGAAGUCCUGUACGGGUGAACUGCUACGCCUGAGGAAUAAGUUCGGAAACUUACUUCAGGAGGGGAAAAAAUUGUCUUUCGAAACACAAGAUUAAGAAGAGAGCUCUGGAGUGAUUCAACCAUUGUAUUGACUUUGUACACGAUUUAUAUGCUGCAUGCACUAUCUUAUAACAUUUAAAUACCAUGCUGUUCGACUAUUACAACUAAAGUAACAAUAUAAGAAUAGUGAUCCAGUUGAACCUAUACCGGAAGUACAUGCACUUUGCCGAUCAAUAGUUUCAUAUCUUACCCCGAAAGUAAAACGUAUAUUACUCAUUGUUCUCAACAAUAGGGGAUAUGACCUAUUUUAGUGUACACUGCAUCUUCAUACUUAGUUGAUUGAAUUGAAAUGUCUGUUAAGAAAAUGUAAUUUGUUCAUCCAUUUUAAUUGGCUAAGCCUACGGUCGUAGAAGUUAAAGAUGCAAUUUAUCAAAAUCUUUCUUUUUUGUUAAAUGCUCGAUAUGCACAAACAUCAAUAUAACAAAUAAGAGUCACAAAGCUCUUAAAAACUUUGAUAUCAUCUUUACUUAUUGUUUCGUUACCACCAGAAACGUUAUAAGCUAUCCGUGUGUUAGAAGAAACUUGCAGUCAGAUGUAAUCAAUUUCGGGUCUAAAAUCAAUCAUAAGUCUGUCAAUUACUUGCAACAAGAAGUAAAAAUAAAUUAGCUUUAGUUACAAUUAAUGUGCAAAUUAGCAGUAGAAACUUGCAAUUAAUUGGGAAUAAUUUCUUGCAACAUCCCCAAGUCUUAUAGAUCACCUACAUUGUUCACUGCAAAAGACAAUACAAAAUGAUGAAUAUAUGUUAUUUGAUAUUUCUUUUCUAUUUUUAGAAUUCCAAUCUGCAAUAUAUUCAACAUUCCAGAUAAUCAAAUAUUAUUUAUAUUUCCUAGUGAAAAAAAAUGGUUCUUUAUGUAUGGACAUGAUCAAAUGAAAAUCAGAUAUGUUUCACACUUGUUCCCGAUAUGGUAUGAAAGAAAAUAACUACGAAUGUAAGGUGAAAAAUGAGACAUACGACAAGGCUUCAAGUGGCUGUUAAAAAAAGAGUCACAUCUCAUCAAAAUAUUUAGGGUUCAUUUCUUGUUGACCAUUUCCAAAACAUAUCAAAUUACUCUGAUGCAAGAGAGAAUUGUUAAUUGUUCUUUAGUAAUACAGAUACAUUCCAUUUUGGCAUUAUUACAGUAAUUGCCUGUACAACCCUUGUCAAUAAUUUAUGUGCAAUGUAAUAAGGUUAUGGUAUAUUAUUUAUCAUCAUUGAUUCACCUUAUCAUGCCAAAAGAAGUUGUAAAAUGAUUAUCGACAAUCAGUUAUUUAUUAAUGCUUGGACAAAGAAUCAUUGGAGGAUGUUUUGGACAGUACACCAUUGGAUAUUAUUAAUUAAUUAAUGUGUUGAAAUAUAUGAAUAGAUAUUUGCAAUGGGCCGACUGUGCAAAAUAAUAAUGUAAUGUCAUGCAUGUUCUGGAAUGCUUUCUCAAUUUAGAGUUUCCUUCAAAUGUAUUUUUCAUGCCAUACGAGUAUAUACCAGUAAUAUGUAAAAUAAAUAAUUUGGUACUAACAUACUUAUUUUCAUAAAUCGCUUGAUGUGUUCACCAUGAUAUGCAAAGUCCAAUUCAGAUUUAGGAAUUAGUUGCAAAUAAUUAUGUAAUCCUUGCAGUGUCUUGAAAGAUUAUAAUCACUAUUUUAAUAGUCACUUUGAUUGUGUUAUGACCUUAUAUGAAAUAUGAUUUUAUAUUCUAUCUCAAUAUGAUCAUCUUGAACAUGUUUGAGUUUACAUUCCUUAAAACAUGUUAUUUCGAAAGGUAAAUACAUUGUUUGAUAUAUAUUCCAAAACUGUUACAUCAUGUGAUGACCUUAAUUUCUUAUCCCCUCAAGUUGUGCUAAGGAGACCAUGUGGACUUUCUUUCGCAUCAUUCCUUUUAAGGUGUAAUUUCAUUUCUAUUGCAAAAAUAAUUUUAGAGAAAUGAGUGUUUUAAAUGUAAUUUAUUGCAAAUAUUUGUACAUAAUAUGUUUGAUUUUGUACCCCACUCUCGCAUAUAGAAAUUGUGUGAUUUGAAUAAAGAUUAAAGAGAACUUGAAA